AUGAAUUUUUUACGAAGCAGGAAGGGAGGAGAAGUGGGGGAAGACACAAAGGACGCCCCCUCGGGGGAGAAGGAGGAAAAAAAAAAAAAUGCUAUCAAAGUUGCCUUCAACUAUGUGAAAUACAUUUUAGAUAAUAAGGUAAAAGCGAAAUACAAGUACUCCUUUUUUAUGGGAUUAUUUAUCAUUUUUUUAAUUUUUAAUGGCUUCUUUCAAAUGUUGCUGCAAUUUUACCACACGCACUUUUACAAGUUCAAGUACAUUGACGUGUCCGAUACGGAAAAAUUGAAGGAAAUAUUUUUCAAUAACAAGCCAUACUUGGUUUAUUGUAAAAAUGAUAAACAGGAGAUAAUUCACCCGGCCAUUAAUGCCAGCAGAUUAAGUUUUCCAGAUAUACUGAACAUUGCAAUUAUAAACUGUAAGAGUUUACUUCCCAGUAAGCAAACUGUCUAUGAGCGUUUUGCCAUGGAUCCUCAGACGAAGGCCUUCAUCGUUUGUUACGGAAGGAAGCCAAAACCAAUUUCGCUAGCCAUGAUGGAUAACAAGAAAAAAUUGGUAUCCUUUGUGAGAGAAGCAUUAGUAUUCAGUGUGCCAUUUUUUUCAAAGUUUCCACAAUUUCAGACCAAAUGUUUAAAUAAAAAUAAAAAAUGUAUUUUAUUCAUUUCUGGAAUUCAUAUGACAAAUAGUAGCAUAAAAUACAAUUACAUUAAUGACAUUUUUGUGAACAAUAAAUACUUCGAUCUAAGUCCGAUGAUUGUCGACAACAGGAAGUAUCUGCUCAAACUCAGUGAUGAAGUCUUUUCUUCCUAUGACAAGAAGAGGGAUAUCCAUGUGCUUUGUCUCUUUAAUUCAAGCAACACGGAGGGGGAUAACUACUACGGCAAUUUUUACAACGAAGAUUUUGAAGACUUCAACAAGUUGUCUUCCUUUGUUGCCAACUGUGUGAAGGCCACCAGUAAGAGCACCGACGUUGUGAAGCUUUCUGCCGUUCCGCAAAUUAAGUACAGAACGGGUAAGAAGAAGUGA